AUGUCUGAUAUUUGGAAAGAAGCUAAGGAUAACAACGGAAGGGUCUAUUAUUAUAAUUCAAAGACCGGUGAAUCAAGAUGGGAAAAACCAGUUGAAGCACCUUCUAAACAGGAACAAUUAUUGAAAAAAAAUGGUUGGAGCAUAGGGAAAUCAAAGGCUGGGAAAAUAUAUUAUUAUAACACUAAAACUGGUGAAUCUAGUUGGGAAUUGCCAAAAUUUGAUGAAGUUAAAAUCAUCGAUAAGGAACCUGUAAAAAUUGAAGAAAAACGAAUUGUAGAGACAACGGAUAAUAAAAGUGGAACUGAGAUUGCAGUUGAUAGCAAUUUUAUUAAUAAAUCAAAGAUUCUCCAUGCUCCUAAAAAAUCUAAAGAAGAUGCUGAAAAAUUCUUCAUGGAAAUGUUAAAGGAAAAUUCAGUUGAUGCAACUUGGUCAUUUAGUAAAAUUAUCUCAGAAUUGGGCAGUACUGAUCCAAGGUAUUGGUUGGUAGACGACGAUCCUAUUUGGAAACAACAGACGUUUGAAAAAUAUUUAUCCAAUAGAACAGAAGAUCAACUUCUACAAGAACAUAUAGAGAUUAAUAAAUUUCAAAAGGCAUUCAUUGAUAUGUUGAAAGAUAAAAAGGAAAUUCACUACUAUACUAGAUGGUCAACUGCAAAGAGGCUGAUUGGUAAUGAACCUAUAUAUAAACAUUCUACCGUUAAUGAAUCUGUUAAAAAGGCAACUUUCUUCGAAUAUAUUGGUGGCCUAAGACAAGAAAAAGAUCAAGAAGAUCAAAAAUUAAAGGACCAGGCUUUAAGAGAACUUAGAGAAUAUUUGAAGUCCAUUGUGUUCCAAGAUACAAACUCAACUUCUAAUUUAAGGCUUCCCUUGACUUGGCAACAACUUUUAAAUAGUUACCUUUUUGAGAAAAGUAAAAGAUAUAUGGCAAAUAAGCAUUUCAAUAUAUUAACCCAGGAAGAUGUUCUAAAGGAGUAUUUAGAAAUAAUAAAAAGUGUUGAAUUAAAUUUUGUCGAUAAAUUAAAAGAAAUAGAUGCUAAAAAUUACACCCAAGAUAGAAUAGCAAGAGACGGUUUUAAGAAGCUUUUGAAUGAUGAAAAAUUGAUCAAAAUCAGGGCUAAUUCAAAGUGGUCGGACUUGUAUCCAAGUUUCAAGAAUGAUGAACGAUAUUUGAAUACUUUGGGUAGAAAAGGUUCUUCUGCACUGGAUUUAUUUUAUAGCAUGGUUGAAGAGAAAAAGUCAUCGAUCAUGGCCCAAAAAUCGAUUGCACAACAGGUAUUGAUAGAAAACGGAUACGAAUGGCCUAAAGGUAUUGAACAACUGGAUAGCUGUCGAGCAAAUAUCAUGGUAUUAUUGCGUGAUGAUAGCAGGUUUUCAAAGGUUGAUGAGGAAGAUAUAGAUUUGAUAGCGGAUGAAUUAAUCAAGAGUAGAAAAGAUAAAGUACAACAAGAGAUAGAAGUAGAAAAGCGUAUCUUGGAACAGAAAAAGAAUUACUUUAAGAUAAUGUUAAACAAGGUAUAUGCUAAUGAUGAAAAGAUAAUGUCUGAACCCUGGGAACUGGUUAAACCUAAAAUUUGCAACACUUACGGAGUAUAA